GAAGAUGGACUGUGACAUCUAGCAACAGAGAGAGAGAGAGUAUAAAAUACUUGUGGAUAUUGAGACAGAUUAUUAUUAGAGGGGAGAGGUGGAUCGGAUAAUAGGGAUUGAUCUAGGAAUAGAUUUUAUAAAGAGAAUAGAAGGAGAGAGAGAUACACAGAUCAUAGGAUAAUAGACUUUAUAAAGAGAGAGACGGUUCGAGGUUAGUUUGAAGAGUUGAUGGUCUGUAAAGUGAUCCGCGGUCGCUGGUGUAUUUGAAGAGGCUGGUUUGUGUGUGUGUGUGUGUGUGUUUGUAUACAUUUCCACACCAACGGAGAAUACAAAAUGGACAUUCUUGAAACGCAAGCUUACUGUCGCAGAAAGGAACGAAGAACGUUGGCUGAACUGGUUACCAGUUUGCUUCCAUUCUUCGUUUCCAGUUCAACGUACUUCUACCUCUGGCUCCCUGACUCUAGCCCCUCCCCCUUCUCUGCGGCGGUGAAGUCCGCCCCCGUGCUGUCAUUGGCCGGCCUGGUGUGGUAUCACAAAGGGGGGCGGUCCCUGUGCGGUUCCACAGGGGCGGUGCUGGCAGGGCUGCUUCUGUCUGCAGCCGGAGAUGUGUGCCUGAUAUGGAAGGAGCUGUUUCUACCCGGAAUGCUGUUUUUCGCUCUCGCUCACAUCUGCUACUCCCUCUCCUUCUCCUCUCGCUCCUCCCCUCGCUCCCGCCUCUCCCCCUCUCUCCUCCUCCUCUCCCUCUCUCUCUGGGUGUUUGCCGGUCUCUCUCUUCUCUAUUUCCUCCCUCAUCUCUCUGUGAGGAAGGAUUCCUCUGUUAUCACCCCCGCAGUCUGUGUUUAUACCUUCCUGAUCGCGAUGAUGGCCAACCUCGCCCUGGUGACCUCCCGACCUCUGACCAUGGCCGGCGCCCUCUUCUUCAUGAUCUCCGACCUCACGCUGGCCUGCCACACCUUCGUCGCUCCGUUGCCGUGGGGACGGGCCGCCGUCAUGACGACCUACUACCUGGCCCAGGCUCUCAUUGCCGUGGGCGGAGUCAGGGAAGGAAGUGAUGUCGUCGCCGACGGGCUGGGGAACAGGAAGAGGAAGUAGAUGGG